AUGAAGACGGAAGGUACGAGGUACACAUACAAGCGGAAAACCAGUGAUCCCUGUUUGCCAACAAACAAGCAAACUGCAGAGGAGAGACUGAACUCGUUAACGAAAAGGCUUUUGAAGAACCAGCCCGUCAUGAUGGAGUACGACACCACUAUUCGGCAAUAUUUGAAUGCCGGACACGCCGAGAAAGUUGAUAUCAAAGCAAACGCCAAUGGACCAGUCUUCUACCUGCCUCAUCGAGCUGUAUUUAGACCUGACAGAGCAAGUACUAAAGUGCGCAUCGUGUUUGACGCUUCGUCCAGUGCUUCGGACUGCCCUUCGUUGAAUGACUGCCUGGAAGUUGGACCAAACCUGAAUCCUGAUCUCCUGGCGACAAUUCUAAGAUUCCGUAAGCACAGCGUUGCCGUUACAGCCGACAUUGAGAAAGCAUUCUUGCAAAUUUCUCUUAAUCCGAACGACAGAGACGCUUUCAGAUUCAUGUGGUACACUUUUAUGCCGGAGAGCGGAAGACCACUCUCCGAUAUUGAGGUGUGGAGAAUGACGAGGGUGCCCUUUGGUGCCGCGUCCAGCCCGUUCCUUCUUGCAGCAACACUUCGUUAUCAUUUCAACUUAAUGUCUAGCACUUACCCUCAAACCUGCAGAAAACUAACGGAUGGCUUCUAUGUGGAUGACUUUGUGACUAGCGUCAGGUCAAGAGAAGAGGCUGAAAUUCUGCACGAUGAGGCAAAUAAAGUUCUUUCGGCUGCUGGCAUGCAUCUAAGAAAGUGGGCGACGAACGACAGUGAGCUACAGGUAUCGUUCAGGACUAAAAACAAAGACAACAGUCAGAUGAAAAAGGUCUUGGGCACUGUUUGGAACACGACAAAUGACGUCCUGUCACCUCCAAUGGACUCAUUGGACCAGUUCCUGACAAAGAAAAGAGACACGAAGAGAUGUUUACUUCAAGUUAGUGCACGAAUAUAUACGACCCUCUCGGCAUUCUCUCGCCCUACACAGUCAAGGCAAAAAUACUAA